UUUUCUUCUUUCCUCUCUUCCCCCCUUCUCCUCCCAUUUCUUCACCCUUCUCCACCGGCCUCCAAUCACCGCCACUGCCUCAAGCCCACGUCCUCAACAGAUAAAACCGACAUAGUACGUUCUCUCUCGUCAUUAAUUAUGACCUUUUAACGAGCUCCCUCCGCCUCUGACUACCCAGAACGCCUUCCAACUACAACCAUGGUCCUCCUAAUUGAUGAGUUUGUUCAUUUUUCCUUCAUCGUAGUAAAAUUCGGCCGGCGUCAGAGGGGGAUAGCUUCUGAACGAGAAUCAUCCAAUUUUGUUCAUCGCCAUCAUGGGACUGUGUGCAGAGAGAGAGAGAGAGAGAGUAUCAAUUUGGUUUAGCCCAUCCUUUUACGUUUUACCCCCAUGGAUUUAGGGUUUCUAAACCCAUGGGCUUGACUUUUGAUCCCCAAGAAAGCCGAGCCCAACUAACUAUAUUCCAAGCCCACGCUAUUCUAGGGUUUGUUUUUUUUUUUUUUUUUUUUAGUUUUUCAUCUUCUUCAAAUGUCCCAAAAAUCGUUGCAGCUGCGUCUAUCCCUUCAUUUCUCUUUACUUCUUUUCGAUUAUCCUCUUCUGUGUUCUUAUAAAUUGGAUCCUGAGGUUUUUUCUUCUAAGAAAUCUUGAAGGAAAAUUCUGCCGUUUCAGAAUGUGGACAAGUGGAUGCCAGUCUUUGACAUUUUCCAUACGUGUUUAUGUAUACAGCAACUUUAGUUCCGAGAAGCAUCGAUGGAAUCCUGUUUUUGCUUCAACAAACAAAUCGGUGGUAGACCUCUCAUUACCAGCCAAGGUUGAAAGGCUAUUAGAUGGCCUAAAAUGGGAUGACAAAGGUCUGGUAGUAGCUACAGCUCAAAAUGUUGACACAGGAACUAUAUUAAUGCAAGGAUUUGCAAACAAGGAGGCUGUUUUGAAAACUGCAUCCGAACGCAGGGCUACGUUCUACAGCCGAUCACGAUCUCAACUGUGGACAAAGGGAGAGACCUCCAAUAACUUCAUAAAUAUUCAUGACAUAUCCCUAGACUGUGAUCGUGAUUCUAUAAUCUAUCUUGGGAAGCCUGUUGGGCCUGCUUGUCAUACUGGAACUGCCACAUGCUUUUAUACAUCACUAGAUGAUUUGAUAGAUGAUCCACAGGGUGGAAAGCAUAAGUUGGCGUUGUCCACUUUGUACUCAUUAGAGAAUAUAAUCUCCCAACGCAAAGCAGAAUUAGCAUCUUUCCAAACCGGCAAGCCCUCUUGGACAAAACGUCUAUUGCUUGACAAUAAAUUGCUCUGCUCUAAAAUUCGGGAAGAAGCAGAUGAAUUGUGUCGAACAAUGGAAGAGAACGAGGGUAGGUCUCGUACGGCCUCGGAAGCAGCAGAUGUGGUGUACCAUAUCCUGGUUUCUCUAGCAGUUCAAGAGGUAAAGUUUGAGGAGGUUCUUGAACAUUUGCGUGAGAGAUUUUCUCAGUCAGGUAUAGAGGAGAAGAAAAACCGGGCACCAAAAGUUACCAAGGAUUAAGAAUCCGUCGACAUGUCAAUAUAUUGGUAAAUUGAAGGGUUUAACAAUAUUUCAGAUCAUGGGUAUCUCCUCAUCUUUCAUGAAUACUUGUGGAGCAUGCAAAAGAAAAAAAAAAGCAUCUAUUUAGUCUAAUAUAUAUUAACUAAAUACUAAUAACAAUAUUAGGGGGAAGAUUAUAACUUAAUUGGUAAUCUACAUAUAUAUAUAUAUAUUUGUUUUGACUUGUAGAAAUAACCGUCAAUAUUUUAUGGAUACAUGGGAUGUUAUGUUCAUAGAAUUGAAAUCCGAAAUCUAUAUCGACAUCAAUAUUUUAAUCCUUGGCUAUUAUUAGUAUGCGAGGAUUAAAAUAUCAAUAUCGAUAUUGAUAUUAAGAUUUUAAUUUUACGAAUAUAUCAAUUGAUAUUGGUGGAUAUUCUUCCAAGUCAAAAAAAUUAUAUAUUUUACUUUUAGACUAAAUAGAUGACAUUCAGUUCUUUUUAACCAUGUUUUAUGAGGACUUACAAGAGAUAUAUAUGAGAUAUAAAUGGAUGUGUAGUAUUGUUAUUGAACACUUGAUUUACAGAUAUAUUGACAUGUCGACGGAGAUUUGAUUAUAUGGUAAUGUUUGUAUGAUGAAGAGGAUCCGCAUAAGUCUUGUGUUGGGAAAGCUUGAACAAGAGUCUGGUGGGAUGGAGUGAAUUUUACAUCCCAAUGUUUACUUUGGAAGUCUAUCAAAGUCUUAGAUUGCCAUAAUUUUCUCUUGUACGUCUUGUAGCUGUCGACAGAAAUUAGAUCUCUGUUUCUUUCACAUGUACACUGUUAUGGUUUUAUUAUAAUAAUUACAACAAUAUCUAUUACUAUUAGAGAUUUUAUAAUAAUAAUUAUUAUUAUUUUAUAA